GCAGUCGCUCAGCUGUCUCACACACACACACACACACACACGCAGAGGCAGAUACGCGCGCGCACGGAGAGAGCGCAGGAGUCUCGCGCAGAGUUUCACCAAACAGAAAGUGAUAGAGUCGGUAAACGUGCACUUCACGCCGCCGGAGCCGGAGCCUCAGCACUCGGACGGGGACUGGUACGGAUACAUCUCGUAUCGGAGUUGUGAGCAAUGCGCUGGCAGCAUGGCCAGAUGGUUCAAGGAGCACCUGGGUUUCAAAACCACCAAAGCCCCGCAACCUCCGAAACCGGACUACCGACACUUCCACACCGCCGUCUCCAGCCCCCCGGCGUUCAGCCUCCAGCAGCAGACGGGCACCGGGUUACUGUCCGCGCAGCCCGACAUCCUCACCGCAUACAAACUCCAGAAGGAGCUGGACUUCGAGGAUCCGUACACGCCGGGCGGAAACGUGCCCUUCUCCACCGGCCUGAGUUCCGCGGGCUCGCCGGACAUCAAGUACGUGUCUCCGAAGCACCGGCUCAUAAAGGUGGAGACGGUUGAGCGCAGCAGCUCGAGCUCGGGCAGCAGCAGCGGGGCGACCGCGGUCAAGACCCCCAGCUCCCCGCCCGCAGAGCCCGAGAACGGCAAGCAGGAGAAGCUCAUCAUCUUAGAGGACUAUGCCGAUCCCUUUGACGCAGCGGACCAGGCGGGCGGCACCCAGACGGUCACAGAAAAGCCAACGGAGAACGACGGCUACAUGGAGCCCUACGAAGCUCAGAAGAUGAUGGCUGAGAUCCGAGGCGGUCGCGCUCCUAAAGACGGUCCGGUCCAGCAGCAUCCUCUCUACGACACCCCGUACGAGCCGGAGGAGAACGGAGCGGAUCCGGACGGAUGUGUGUGUUCCCGCGAGAGCAGAUUACCGCAGGACGACGAGAGGCCGCCGGAGGAGUACGACCAGCCCUGGGAGUGGAAGAAAGAGCGCAUAUCCAAAGCCUUCGCAGUGGAGAUUAAGGUCAUUAAGGAUCUUCCGUGGCCUCCUCCGGUCGGGCAGCUCAACACCGGUCCUCCUCUGAUGGAGGCGGUGGAGGCUCCGUCCUCUCCGGGACUCAACACCACAGCCUCGGCCUGCGACCAGCUCCAGCACGUGCAGUUUGACGGCGUGGACAAGUCCCACAUGUCUCCCACUAAGGAGCUGAAGUGUCGUCCGCUGCAGAGGCACUCGAGCGGCUGUCUGGUCAGCACUAAGAUGAGCUCUGUGGAGCUCAGCGGGCCGAGCGUGGGCGAGCGCAUCGACCCGUCCAUGCCUCUGGAGAGCCAGUUCUGGUAUCACGGAGCCAUCAGCCGCACGGACGCCGAGGCUCUGCUGCGCUUGUGUAAAGAGGCCAGUUACCUGGUGAGGAACAGUGAGACCUGUAAGAACGACUUCUCGCUCUCGCUCAAGAGCAGUCAAGGUUUCAUGCACAUGAAGCUCUCCAGGACCAAAGACAAUAAGUACGUACUGGGUCAGAACAGCUGCCUGUUCGACAGCGUUCCUGAGAUCAUCCACUUCUACUCCAGCCGCAAACUACCAAUUAAAGGGGCCGAGCACAUGUCCUUGCUGUACCCCGUGGCCAUCCGGACACUAUAGAGGCAGAAGCGCUGCAGAAGCAGGACGUUCGUUCAGCGUUUACAAGACAACGACAAACUAAAGUGCUACUGAGAUCCCGAAGACAAAAAGGGAGACUCCUGGACGUCGCCUCCGUCUCGUCUCGAGGGACGCGGUUUCACUGUCCUCCAAAUGCCUUCUUCGUGAUUCCAGACCCGUUUUCUUCCCAUAAGUGGAUCUUUAGUCUUAGACCUGCACCCACACUUUAUCUCCACUGUUACACACUGUACAGAAACCCGAAACGUCGCUCGGACUUUACUAUUCGGAUGUGUAUAGUUGCCAUUUCUGGACAUGUGAACCAUUAGACGUUCUUGAACAUUACAUCGCCGCAGUAAACGAACAAAGACACUGAAUCGUACUGUAGCGAAACCUCAUCGUCUGGACUUUCUGUGACGGUAUCAUAAAAUCAAAUGGGUGAAAUAUUAGCUAAUCAUUAAACAUGAACAUUUUCAGAAUAUAUCAAAAAUAAUCUCCAGAAGACUGAAAUCUAGCGUUCGGCGUUUUCCAGUUAGAAACACAGAUGUGAAGAGAGUUCACUACGCAGACAGAUUCAUUAAGUCCCUUAAAAUAGCAGUAAUAGAGCAGAGCGAGGGGAGAAGAGAUGGAUGGUGCCUUUUAAGUGCACUUGGACCGGCGGCUAUGCAGAACAGCGUGAGAAAGGACCUUUUAAUUUAACGUUCAGAGAGAGUCACUUCAGCAGAGUUUAGGAUGAUCUUGACCAAGGAGAAUGAAAUAUUCCUGUAUUGUCUACCUCAGAAAAUCAAUUUCGUUCAUCCAUCCGCCGGUCGAUAAGGUACAGUGACGUUACAGAUAUCGAUCGUCUCAAAAUCCCACCAAAUUUUGCCUUUUGGUUUGAGAAUAGCUUCUUCUUCACCCGAACGCAAUCAGAUCCUGGUUUCUGUGCUGUCGUGACUCUGUUUGGUUAAUGCCUUAUACUGUAAAUGCAUGGAUUAAAAAAGAAAACAAAAGGAGAACGCUGUUGUUCAAUGAAUGUUUAGUGGCUGUAAUUUAUUAUGGAGAAAAAAAAUUAAUGCUAGUGCUGAUGCUUUAGUCCAGCUAAGACAAUGUUCUUGGCCUGUGUGUGUGUGUGUGUGUGUGAUAUCUGACCUUCAUAAAGUGUGUCAUAUAUCUGAUGUGUCUUCAUGAUUGUCCCCACCUGAAUACUCUGAUUGGAUGCUGCUUGCCAUGGAAACCAUUUAGAGCAGUUCAGCCAAUCAGAGCGCAGAUUUGUCCUGACCCUUCCUCUGACCUCUGGUUUUCCUCAUUUGCCAUCAUCCGGUUUCUUUUGUGUUGUUGUUUCUCUCUCUCUCUCUCUCUCUCUCUCUCUCUCAGCGUGUUUGGUUUAAAGUAUGAUAAAGCCUGUGUGAUUGGAUCAUUGUCAAUCGUUGAGUUUCGUUCUUGUUUUUAGUUUUCAGUUCAUCGUUUCCCUCUCUGAUACAAU